AUGUCCUGUCGCCGCGCCGCCGUUGAGUGCGUCUUCGCCGACAAGGGGCAGCGCGUCUCCGUCUCCACGCACUACCUCCACCAGCUGCAGGAACAGGUCCGUCAGGCUCGAGUCGCUCAACAGGCUCCGCAGCCGCAGCAGCAGAUUCAGCCUCAGCCUGAGCCGACACCGACGCCGCCGCCCCCAUCCCCACGACCCCCCGCCACAUUCCACCCUGACUGCGCAGCCUCAAAUGAGUCGUCGUGCAACCUUGACGGCAACGAGGGCUUCGAGCGCAACAUCCUGGUCGACGGCGCUCAUCUUGUCCGCGACACGGAUGGCACCGAUGCUCAACUCUGGUACCUGGGCCCGUCAUCGACAUGGUCGUUCAGUCGGCGUGUGACGGCGUACAUCGCGCAGAACACGUUGCCACCCGACGGCCCAACGCUGCCCCCCAACCUGGACGGUGCAGCGUACUCUUCGCUGAGAGGCAUGUCGUCUUGGAACUCCCAUAACCCGCCGCCGCCGCCCCUUGAGCGUCGAGACGUGCCGUCCCUGGACUAUGCCAUUUACCUGUUAAACACGGUCAAGUUCCAUCUGAAUCAAAUCUUUCGCUUCAUCGAUGAAGCGUCAUUCACAGAAUCCAUCCAUGUCUUCCACAACAACCCGGCCCAAACCAAUCUCCCAGCUCUAUGGCACGCCCAGUUUCUUUUCGUUCUGGCCUUUGGGAAGGCCUUCCUCACCAAAGCCAGUCGAAAUCCGCAAACCACCCCCAAGGGCUGGGUCCAUGCCUCGCAAGCCUUCGCCUUUCUCCCCCGCUUCCAUGAGCCCGACCAGGAUAACUUGCUGGCUAUCGAAGUCUUCUGCCUUGCUGCGCUCUACUUGCAGUCGAUCGAUAUGAGAGUCUCGGCCUUUGAGUUUGCCGGUCGAGCGCUACGUUUAUGCUACGUCGUUGGUCUCCACAACAGCCCGCCGCCGUUCGACGCUACUCGGAGUCAAGCUACACGAUGUGCUCACCUGUGGUGGAGCGUGUACAUGCUCGACCAACAUCUGUCCGCCCUAAUGGGAGCGCCAAGCGCCGUGCAAGACGCAGAUGUAACGGUCUUGCUCCCCUCGAGUCACGACCCCUCUCCACGAGCUGCUGCCCUAGGAACCAAUGUUCGCCUGUCACGCAUUCUGGCACGUCUCGUGCGAACGGUGUACCAAGUUCGUGUGACUCUGGACGGCUCAUUCCUCGUGCAGUCUCAAAAAGUCCUGCAAGAUCUCGCAGAUAUCUCGUGGGACGUUCAUAACACGGUCGGACUAUCCUCUCGACUUUCGAGCCAUAUGAUACUCUGCUAUCAUCACUCGGUCGUGCUGGCUACGAGACCCAUCGUCAUGUGUGCCCUUGCUCGAUUCAUCGAGAGUCCAACCGCAUUCUUCAAACCCCAUGAGCCCACUCUCUCGGCAACUGUGACUGCGCUUUUGAAAGCGUGCAUUGAAUCUGCAAUCAAUAUUAUAAAGAAGCUUCAAAGCCUCAAUCAAGAGAACUUAUUGGAAACCUUUCUCCCGUUCCAUCUCGAGCAAGUGUUCUCGUCUGCUCUUGUUAUCUAUAUAGUAUCUGCCAUAUGGACAGACAACGCCCGGGAUUGGGCUGCAAAGGAGAUGGUGACAGAUAUCCUGGAGUGCAUGAUUGCUGCUGGCCACAAUCUUGCAAGCCUUCGGAAAUCUGAGCUAGACCAUCUAGCUGCCCUCCUAGCACGUCUCAAUCGCCCAGCAUCAAAUGAACCAUCGUCGCGCGGCAUGGACGUUGGAGCUCCCAACAUAGAUCACUCAGUUGCGACCCCGGCGGGGCCGUCUGCCCUCGACGACGUCGACGCCAUCUGGAGCAGCAUGCAUAAUGACAACCUUGCGGAACUGGCGGAAAUGCUCAACUUCGAUAGUACACGUGCACAGACAGCGUUUCCAUUAAAUGUUUGA